AUGAAUCUGACUCACAGUUUCAUGUUGCACCAACUUCUUCUUAGUCAUCAGGUCUUUCAAGUACUUGGCAAGACUGGCAUCUUCUUGACAGCAUCUCAAUCAAAUGAUCAAGGUAGUUCGAGGGUUGAGGCAAUGCUUGAGAAGGUUCUAGCAAAACAAACCAAGUCUGAAAAGAUGUUAUCCGGGCUAACAGAGAUAGUGGCUAUUCAAAAGCUCGAGUCGCAGAUGCGUGAUACUUCUAGAGAGCAGUACCCUCCUAAAAAGGGAAGACUCCCGAGUGACACUAUUCAGCAUCCGAAGAAUGGGGGAGGUGGUAUUGACUGUGUGUAUGCUAUUAGUACUCGGAGUGAAGAAGAAGUGCAGUUUGAUGCACCAAUUAUUAAUGAUGAGCUUCCUAGUAAAGAGAAAGUUGCUGAUAUUCUAGAAAGUUCGAAGGUGGCUGAUGAUAAGAGUAAGCAGGCUGUAAAAGGGGCUCUCCGCCCUUUGACUCAUCUUUUCAAAUCUAAACCUCUUUUUCCUCAACGGUUGGUGAAGAAGAAGGAAGACACGAAGUUCGAGAAAUUUUAUGAUCAGCUGAAGCAGUUAUCUCUGAACUUUCCAUUUUUGGAUGCUAUCAAGGAUAUGCCCAGUUUUUCCAAGUACUUGAAAGAUCUGAUGACCAAGAAAAAGUUGGUACAACAUGAAACUGGAGAUCUUGGGGCGUUCACCAUUUCUUGUUCUGUUGGGUACCACAAUUUUGCUCGUGCUCUGUGUGAUAACGAGGCAAGUAUAAAUUUGAUGCCACUUGCUAUCUACAAGCAAUCAAGUUUGGGGAUGCCAAGGCCGUCUACUAUGAGAUCACAGAUAGCUAAUAGAUCUAUUAAGAGGCCGGUUGAAGUGGAAGAUGAUGUUCUUAUACGGGUUGGUAAAUUUAUGCUGCCCGCUGAUUUUGUGAUUCUUGACUAUGCUGUUAAUAGGGACAUUCCUAUUAUUCUGGGGAGACCUUUCCUUGCUACGGGAAGAGCUCUGAUGGAUUCGGAGAAGAAUGAAGUAAAAUUCCGAGUCAAUGAUGAGGAAGUUAUUUUUCAGGCAAGUAAGGGGAUGAAGUUACCAAGUGCUUAUGAGAGCAUUUCAGUGAUUGAUUCUUUUGAUGUUGUUGAUGAAGCUGUGGAAUUCAAGAUGGAAGAGAAAAGUUUGGGAGUAGCUCUUGCUGCGAUUCUUGUAUAUUUUGAUGCUGAACACAUGGAAAGUUAUGUGGAUAUG